AGAUGUGUUGAUGAUAAUGAAAUACAAAGCAUUUAAUUAACACAUCAGUCACAAAUCACAAUGACUAUGCUUGAAAACGGUAUACCUCUUCAACAAGUUUAGGCAUAUAAUUAUGAGGAGGCUUAAAGUUUUCUUCGAAUUGUGGAUAAGUUCAGUGUCAGAAGAAUCGUUUUUUAUAUGUUUCCAAUUACGAAUAAGAAGCAUAUGUUCUCAGAGGUCUAUUCGAAGAACAGUUUUCAGGGUGAACAAAUGCAAAUGAAAAGGAGACCAAAACUGGAGACUUCUUGCAUCAGAUCCGAGCAUCAGCCAGCCUUAAUGGAAAAGUAUUAUCGAUUCGUGAUGUGUUAUAUCAUCUUUAAAGACAUUCUUGGGUUCUUAUAGCAUAAACAUCAAUUCAACUUGACACACAUGGUUUCCACAACGAUGACCCAUGCCAUAAAGACUAAGAUCAUCUUGAUUUUGGAGAAACUAAAUACGUUAUAUAUGUCCUUUAAUCUCCUAAUUUUAUCCAAAGUAUCUGAUAUUUUCUAAAGAUUCCAACUCUUCAACCUAAAUUACUCAAUGCACACGACAACCGUAGCUUGCGGAGAGAACCUAUAUUAGCGUUUAAUCUUGUUAUGCAGGCAACUUUUAUUGUAUGGAAUCUUAUACAUGUGUGUAUUGUGUAGUAGAUAAGCAGAUUUUGUCGUACUUGAUAUAUAUCUUCAAGAAAUUAAAUAUAUUAGAAUAAAAAGCUGGUGCUCAAUUCUUCUUGAAGGUUGACGUAAAUCACAAGUGGUGACAAAUAAUAAUAUAUCCUUGUUUUAAAUGCAUUUUAAAAUACUGUUUUUUAUUCGAUCUGUAUACUAUACGGAAGAAGCUCGUUAUGUUUUCAGCUGUGCUUAUUGAUUUUGGAAGCAACCGCAAUCAAAAAGGUUGAAGAGAAAAUAGUAUAUACACAUUUUUUUUGUCAACAAAAAAUAGUAUAUACACUAAAUAUUUUUAAAAUAUUAGUAAAAAGGAAUUCUAUAGGAUGGCUUUUUAAUUUAUUGGUACAAAAAAACUUUUAAAGAAAAAAAAAAGAGUAAAAGAGAUAUUAUUGAAAGGUAAACUUUUAUAUGUCUAGUGUUUAACUAAUCUUAGAUUCUGGAUUUAGAGACAAGAGUGGAGUUUUGGGAGUUGAGUUUAUUUCAAAAAUAGAAAAUAGAAACUAAAAAUUUUAAAAUAAAAAUUUUAAAAAUAGUUUUAAAAGCAUUUUUGAAUUAAAAAAAAAAUUGAAAAUAAGAAAUUUGAAAAAGAAAUCCUUUAAAAAUUAUAAAAUUUUCGAAUUUAAAAACUAUAAUAUUAAAGUAUAUUAAUUAAAGAAUUAUUUAUUAUUAUUAUCUAUAUAUAUAUAUCUACAAAGCAAGAGAUAUAAGAGUUUUUUUGUUUUUUUAAUAAAAUUUAUUUUGGACAUUUUUUUUUGUGGCAAACAUUUAAAAGAGUUUAUUUGAAAGAAUUUCCCAUUAGUAAAUGCCUAAAUGGUUUUGCUUAUAAAUUAAGAACUUUAAAGAAACAUCAAAAAGUAUUCAGAACCCUUAAGCCGUAAAGUUCGCCUGUAUGUUGCCUUCUUCAAUUAUUAUCUUAUAUCUACCACUUGAAUCGAGUGAUUAAACAAUAGAUAUUUUGUUCUUGUGUGUAGUGUGUACUAUAUAUCAUUUUCUUCGUAGAUAAACAUUUUAUCAACAAUUCUUAAUGCGAGACUCGCAUUCCAUUAACAUCGAAUACUAAAUCUUAGAAAUUUGCGUGCGCCUUAUGGUCAUGCGACGGGAAAUUGAACUUGUUUCGGGAACAAUAUUCAUCUGAUGAUUAGUCAAAAAAAAAAAAUCAUCUGAUGUUGUUUCUUGGACUAUACAGGUCUGGGUGACAGAAUUAUAAUCUCAACUAGAUGCUAGAAAUAUACAAUAUGAUUGUGUCUAGCUACACACCUUUCUGUUGUUUUUGAAUGUGCUUGUUUAAUGAUUGAUCAAGAAAUUGAUAUACCAGGGUAUUUAAAAUAAAAAAAUAUCAUAUAAACAGAAUAAUUUAGCUAAAUAGCAUUUUUUUUACAAAAGCUAAAUUGCAUAUAUUGGAUUCAGCUCCAUUAUACAUAAACAUACUUAGAUUUUAGCUCUAGUGAAUUAUUUGUCGUGAGAUCGUGAAAGACUUGUCAAGAAACUUACUCAUCCCAAAUAUCGGUCACUUAAACCUGGAUAUCUUUGUUUGAUAUCUUUGUUUAAAACUUUUCGGACGAGUCCUCGAAUAAAUUUUACUAGCUCUCAAUCUCAAGAUAUCAAACCUGAAGGUUGAACAAAUCUCAUUAGCUUGUAAUUAUACAUCAUAAUUCAUAACAUUAAUCUCCUAAAUGGAAAACACUACCUUUAGAUUCUUUUGUUCAUAAAUAUAAAAUUAAUUUUUUUUUUGAAUAAUUCGGUAUAUCAUAGCCUUUACCGAGGUAGAUUCAGACUAGCGGCGAGUGUCCGUAACAGCCUAGCCUAUGUUAUCGGCCGGAGUACGUUUUGGUCACCGGACUCUUGAGGAGCCCGAAUGUUAAAUUUUAUCCCCAGUAGCCAGCAUGAUUAAAUUUUCUCCUUAAGUUCUUCGUCUCUUUUGAUCAAAAAAAAAGUUCUUCAUCUCUUUUGAUAAAAAAAAGUUCUUCAUCUUUUUCUUUAAUUAUUUAAUUCUCAAUCGAAGGUACAACUUCCCCCAAUUAAACUAAACAUGUAUUAAAGUUUAUCUUAUUAAUGCGUUGCACUUUAUCUAGCAAUAAGUAAACAUUACUAUGAUUUUCGACCAAAAAAAUAGAAAUAAACAUUAUUAAUUGUAUGGAGUGUCUCUUUAAAACUGUGGAAUGUGGAACCCUCGCAGAGAAACUUCUUGUUGGUAUCACAUGUUCUCCUCAUAAAGCCUAGUGUAUAUAUAAUUAUUUUCAAAAUUGUGAAACAUAAGUUAUAGAGCCAAUUUAUAUCAUAUGGACGACCAUGUGGAAAAACUAAAUCAGAUUUGAUCCUCUCAUUUAUUUUAAAAUACAGCUAGUUAAAAUAUAUAUGAGCAUAGUCCGACAAGUUGGGAUAGCAUGCAAUGAAUAAUAUAUUAUCUUAUUAUAUACAAGAUCAAUAAAGCACGAGCCACAUCUCUAUAGUAGACAUUAAACUAAAGAGAGAUAAUAAUUAUAAUUUUCGCACUUUAUUCGUUAACUAGUUUUAAAUCACUUUAUUAAAGAUAGAAUUAAAGAACAAAACCCAUAGAAAAGAUUUUUGCUUUCUUUAAAAAGAAAGCAUUUUUAUAAAGUGAAUUUUCCGAACCAAAAGAAGCACAUACUGAAAAGAUUAAGAUUUUAAAGGAGACAAGAACCAACAAAAGUUAGUCACCAAACCAAUUGAAAGCCUAAAGUAAGAAGGAAAUAAUAGCCUAAGAAAGGAUAAUCCACCUUUAUAAGUUACAACUAAUUAUAUACACACGCAUAUAUAUAGUUUUAGUCUAUGCAGAACAUGACUAAACUUCCUUUUACUGCACAUUUGUCUAAGAAAUGUAGCACGCAAUGUAAACUGUAUCUCCAUAAACAAGUGAUCGAAAUUUUAGAAUGAAGAACACAAAAUCAUAUAAUAAUCUUAUAUGUGUACAAUAUAAGUUUCAUAUAGAAUUAUAAACAAAACAAACUAGUUUAGCUCAAUUGUCUUUUAAUUUCGAUUUGGCUAUAAACGUAGAUUCAAUCACCUUGCGAGGAGUAUACAGUUGUUUAAAAUCAGACUACAUUUGCAUGCAUAAUUUUCAAAAACAAAAAAAUUCAUGACUUCUACGUAUAUGAUCAUGGAUGAAAUUAUGCUUCUACAUAUAUAAUUUUACGCACAUUUAUAUUCCCUUUUUGAAUAAGUCUAUUAAACUUUUCUUUAGUUUUUAUGUAACGGAAAGUCGAUCUCUCUUAAAAGUACUAUAAAGGUGUUCUUUCUUGCGACUAUGUAGUAUAAAGUUUCCAAUGAGAAAACAUAUAUUAUAAAAGCACGAAUUUGAGAAGAAAAGAGAAACGUGAAUUCGAUUAGUGCUUUCCUUUUUCUUUUUCUUUUCCUCUUUUUCCCUUUCUCUCAUCUUUGACACUUUCUUUUGUGUUUAAUAACGUACGUGAUUUAUGUGAAUUUUAAAUAAAGUACUUUUAAAAACAUGCUUUACUCAACUUUAUUUUAAUUUUUUUUUCUAUAGAGGCAAGUUUAUUUUAUUUUAUUUUCCGGAGGAAAUAUUUACUCAGCAAUUCUACUAAUCGAUCAAACUAAAUUGCUCAAACUAUUAGUACAAACUUACGCUAUCCAUUACCUAUAAGAACUAAGACGGGACCAUUAUGGGUUGACAGCAUUUAACCUAACAGAACAAACAUCAAAAUAUAAAAUAUACGUACCUUCCACUUGGUUUAGUCUCCUUUAAAUCAGAUGUUUGAUAGUCGUGUCAAAAUACAUGCUACCUUGUAUAAUCAUACACCUUAAAUAAAAUAAAUUCUAAUGUUAAACUAAUUUACAAGUUCUUAAUUUGUAUUUAUGUCAAUCUAUACAGAAAGAUCAUUGCAUGGUGCGAUCAUAUCAGUCCUAAUGCAUUGGUUCUCAUUAGAACUCUGCAAUUAAAUGUGUUUGGACAAGAAUAGUAUUAAGAUAGAUGAUUGGAAAAAAUCUUCGUGUUGCACUCUUUUAAAGAAAAACAUUGCAUCUCAGUUCUCAACUGAAAUAACUUUUUUUUUUAUAAACUAUGAAAUAACUUUAUACUCAACUAAACAUUGUUAAUUUGUUACCUUUCAUAACUUAAGUAUAAAUCGAACUCUUCUGGUAAACAAAGUACAAACAAAACAUAAAGAAACUUAUUCUUCUAUCAGCUGAAAUUCAAAUCUCUCUACAAUAUUACAUAUUGGAGGAAUAAAUAAAACGAAUGAAGAAAAUGAAAGGAUGACAAGUGUUUGAUUGACUUGGAUGUAUCCUCUUGUUAGAAGCUUUACUUGAAGUCCCUGCCUAGAUAGAUUGAGUAUGUGUUUAGUUUUAUUUUUGCAUCUUCUGUUCCUUGUUUCUAUGUUGUUCUGUCACAAAGAAAAUUGGUAAUAAAGUUUAACAUUUUUACCAAAAAAAAAAAAUGGAAGGAUGACCGGAAACACACCUGGAAAGAGAGCCCCACGAGAUGAUGUGUGCCUUUGAAUUGAAAGCUGAUCCCUAUUCGCUAUUUUAAUCUCUUCUCAUUUUCUACGCAACACACUAAAGUCUGUUUCUCUUUGGCGGCUUUGUCCAAAUCCAAAUCUUCAAGUUCAUUUAAAUAAUUAUCAUGUAUAUCUAAAAUCAUAUUAUGGAACCGAACAUAUAUAUAACAAUGUUUCAAUUUUCCAUUUAUCAUGUGUAGUAGUUGCAUAUUUACAUUUCUAAAAAUCGUCAUUAAAAUUAGGAUAACAGAGAUACAUAAAUUACAAAAGCUUUGUCAGAUUAUAGUUGCGAUGUUUAAGAUGACUGACACAGUGAUGAUUGAGCAGAAAAGCAAACGAGAGAGUUACCUUCUCAAUUUAGUCUCGGCUCAUGCCACUGAAUCACCUAAAAAUGUUAGUCAACUAUGAAAAUAAGAAAGUUUCAAAAAAACUAUGAAAAUAAGAAGAAUUGGAUGAUACUUCUUCGAAUUUAAAUAGGAUAAUAUACAUCUGUAUGGAGAUUAAUUUUGUUUUGAGAUGGUGGCAUUUGUUUUGUUAUUGUCGCACAAUCUCAUUUCAGAAUGAUAUUUAAUAAGAAUGCCCUUAACACACACGUACAUCUUUUUUUAUAAGUUCUUUAAAAAUUGUUUGAAUAAGUAUAAGAAACCCAAAUUUAAUCGAUCAAAACCAUUCCUACCCAAGAAAUUAUAUAGAAUAUAAGUCUUACUGUUCUGUUUAUCUAACUAAUCACACUUGCUUUUUAACUUCUUUAACGACAAAAUAUUGUUCAUAAUGAAUGAGGGUUGGCAAAUUAAGUUGGCCAAUAAAAAACAUGAAAUAUCAGUAGUGACUAGUGACUAAAAUAUAGUUUUAAAAAGUAAAAAGCUAUAAAAUUCACAUACAGCUUGAUAAGUCAUGAAAAAGGCUAAACAGCAUUAUUCCAGAAAAACUUUUUGAUAAAAUAUACGGAAAGAGUAUAGAUACUGUACUGAAUAGUGAAUAUACAAUUUUGGACAGAAAGAAGAAGAAUACACACAUUUGGUCAGCUGAUAUGGAUCGAGAUACAUAUAACUCUAUAUAUCUCUGAAUGUAGUAAGCAAUAAAUGUGCCUUACAUAUUUUCAUAGAUAUAUAUAUAUAUAUAUUCUCCCUACUAACACUAUUGCUUUUCUCUCUUUUCCUACGUAAAAGAUAUGAUAAUAAUGUUUCAAAAUAAUAUUUUAGAAAAGAAAACAAAAAAUAUCAAAAUCUUCAUCCUAUAAACGUCUCUUCUCUCUUUCAUCACUGCAAGAAACUUAGCUACAACUCCCUUUCUCUAUCUAUAUCACUCUCAUUUUCAUGGCGACCAAAGAUUCCCCAGGGAUUAAACUUUUUGGCAAAACCAUUACAUUCAACGCCAAUAAUAAUAAUAUCAUACAGACGAUUAAGAAAGAAGAAGGGCAGGAACAACAGCCAGAGCUACAAACAAAAAUAGCCGUUAGAUCACCAUCAUCAUCGGAUCUAAUGGCAGAGAAGCGUCCAGACAAGAUAAUAGCAUGUCCGAGAUGCAAGAGCAUGGCGACUAAAUUCUGUUACUUCAAUAAUUACAACGUUAACCAACCACGUCACUUCUGCAAAGGUUGUCAGCGUUAUUGGACCGCCGGUGGAGCUCUCCGGAAUGUUCCCGUCGGUGCCGGUCGUCGGAGGUCCAAACCUCCGGGUCGUGCAGGUGGGUUCUCCGAGUUGCUUGGAGCUGCGACUGGAGCCGUUGAUCAGGUCGAGCUUGACGCUUUGCUGGUGGAAGAGUGGCGAGCAGGUGCUUCCCAUGGUUUUUUCCGGCAUGAUUAUCCGGUGAAGAGACUCCGUUGCUACACCGAUGGUCAAUCUUGUUGAUUGUAUUAAAUUUUCUUUUAUUUUCUAUUAUUUGUUUUUGUUUCGGGUUUUCCAUUUAACCCGUUAGAAAUAACGUGGUUAAGUUUGCUUUGAUUUGCUUACUGGAUACGUACAGGCUAGCAACAAAAAUUAACUAGGGGGUUUUAAUACUUGCUUAUCUACUAAACAGCUGUCGCUUAUUUCAAUUUCUCUUGUUGAUUUUGUUUAGUUGUAAAGUGAAGCUCGUGGGAUUUUCCUUAUAAAAAGAAAGACGGCAUCGUUGACCACUAAUCAUCCCUUGAAACUUAUUAUUUCAAGAUCUGCAUACUAGUCUACAAUUAAUGUCUAUUAUAUAAGCUUAUAGUGGCUAGUUUUAUUGCUCAGUAUCUUUUUUCAAUUGUUAACCAAUAAAUAGUUUUACAUUUUCUAAUUUCUUUAGCUUAAUUUUCGUUUAAGUGUACGUAAAGUUAAUCAAAUAUUUUGGACGUUAGUUUAACUAAGAAACCUCAUUCAACUGGGCAUUUAAGUUCUCACUUUUCAGCAACAAGCAGAUAAUCAGACAAUAAUUUAAAACCUACAAAAAUAAUAGUAUACUCCUCUUUUUCAAUAUAUAAGUUGUUUUAGAUUGUUUUUUUUUUUUUACAAUAUAAGUUGUUUUAGGGACUUUUUUCUGUUUCACAAUAUAAGUAGUACAUUUUCAAAGUCUAAUACAAAAUAUUAUAUACAAAUAUAAAAACAAAAUUUAAUAUGUAUGCUUUUAACUAGAACAAGUUGUAAAGUUAAAAUAGAUGGACUUGUUUAUUUACUGUGAUU